GCUCUAGCUAAUAUCGACAUCGGAAGCCUGAUCUGUAAUGUAGGAGCUGGUGGUGCAGCUCCAGCCGGUGGUGCUGCCCCUGCUGGUGGUGCUGCCCCAGCUGAGGAGAAGAAAGAAGAGGAAAAGAAGGAAGAAUCGGAGGAAUCUGAUGAUGACAUGGGCUUUGGUCUUUUUGACUAA